CUCCUGCUCGGCUAUUUUCCUUCUGAACUGAAACGCGGUUGAGUCUAUUGUCCUUUAACAGCCACCGUAGAGUGAACUCCCAUUCCAACAUGGCGCUCCCCUUGCGGACCAAUUUGAAACAUUUCAUCCGCUUAAUUCAGAGGUUUAAACCCCUGAAAAGGUGCUUCUGUGCUGCUGCCUGCCCGGAAAUCAAGGAGCCUCCAUUAAAUGCUCGCGUGUUCUCAGGGAUCCAGCCGACCGGAGUGCCGCAUCUAGGAAACUUCUUAGGCGCUCUGGAAAACUGGGUGGCCCUGCAGAACCAGUACCCCUCGGUGCUCUACAGCAUCGUGGACCUGCACUCCAUCACUCAGCCUCAGGAUCCAGACAAGCUCAGGAACAACAUCCUGGACAUGGCAGCGAGCUUGCUGGCCUGUGGAAUCAACCCAGAGAAGGCGAUCCUGUUUCAGCAGUCUCAGGUGUCUGAGCACGCUGAGUUCUGCUGGAUCCUCGGCUGCCUGACCAGCAUGCCCCGGCUACGCCACCUACCCCAGUGGAAGAUGAAGAGCAAGCAGAAGAACGAGGGCAGCGUUGGGCUCUACAUCUACCCCGUCCUGCAGGCCGCUGACAUCCUGCUCUACAAGUCCACACACGUCCCCGUCGGAGAGGACCAGGUCCAGCAUCUGGAGCUGGCUCAGGAUCUCGCCCGGAUCUUCAACCUGCAUUACGGAGAGCUGUUCCCCGAGCCGCACGCGCUGCUGAGUUCGACGCGAAAGGUCAAGUCCCUCCGCGACCCCUCCUCCAAAAUGUCAAAGUCCGACUCGCAGCCGAUGGCCACCAUCUCCAUCACCGACUCGCCGGACGACAUCGCCCUGAAGAUCCGCCGCGCCGUCACGGACUUCACCUCCGAGGUCACCUUCGACCCGCAGGCGCGCCCCGGCGUGUCCAACCUGGUGACCAUCCAUGCCGCCGUGGCCAGGCUCAGCGUGGAGGAGGCGGUGUCGGCAGCCAAGGGGCUGGACACGGGGGCCUACAAGGGGCUGGUGAGCGAGGCGGUGAUCCAGAGGCUGGCGCCCAUCAGGGAGGAGAUCCAGAGGCUGAAGGCGGACCCGGCGCACCUGGAGGCGCUGCUGGCCCUGGGGAGCCGCAGGGCCCGGGAGCUGGCCGCACCCAUGCUGGACGAGGUCCGACAGAGAGUGGGCUUCAGCUGAAAGGCGACUCACGCUGGGGAGGACACGGUUAGUUAAGCUGCUGGGGUCAAAGAUGCAGGAUGUUAGUUUAAAAAAAAAAACCUAAUGUGUUUGACAUAUUGGUUAAAACUGUCACCAUGUCGUGACGUUAUGAGAUGGAUAAUCUGUGAAAAGAUCGAUCUCCUGAUCGCCCUUAGCUACUGCUGCCAACUGAAGAAAUGAACCAAAAACAGCCAAUCAGAGCCAGGAGGCGGGCCUUAGCGCUGUCAGUCAGCGCUGCUAAACUUGCUAACGGCGGACAAACGGCUGACCAUUACAGGAAAACUGUUUAUCUGCCAUCAAUUGGCAGGAGUUCUAACUAGCUUAGCAUUCACAAGCUAGUUAGGCUGUGCUAUCAGGAAGAAGCAGAAAAGAAGAGAGGAAGGAUGAUUGGACACGGAGGGUGAUUGACAGCGCUAAGAUCCGCCUCCUGCCUCUGAUUGGUUGUUUCUUGUUAGCUGGAAGAAGACAGAGGUGCUU